AUGAGGAUAAGUCACACCAAAUUUUUUCUGGGAAACGACCAGAAGCAGAGGUUUGGCCAAGUCUUGAGAAGGGUAUUGUCCACAGAGGACAUGCAGGAGGAAGAAGUCUUGAGACUGAGAUUGAAAUGUGCAGGUUCGCACAGUUUUAGGAAGGGGAGCGUGACGCAUCUACUAGGCAUUCCGGGAGGACCAGUCAGUACAUCAAUAUUUCAACGA